CGGAAGUCAGGGACUCGGGGGAAGGUGGCGGCUGCCAAGCAAGCCCAUCGGGGAUCUUCGAAUGUCUUCUCCAUGUUUGAACAAGCACAGAUCCAGGAGUUUAAGGAGGCAUUCAGUUGCAUUGAUCAAAACCGAGAUGGCAUCAUCAGCAAAUCAGACCUAAAGGAGACCUACUCCCAACUGGGAAGAGCAAACGUUCCUGAAGAAGAGUUGGAUGAGAUGCUACAGGAAGGCAAGGGCCCAAUCAACUUCACAGUCUUUCUCACACUCUUUGGGGAGAAACUCAAUGGAACAGACCCUGAAGAAUCCAUCCUCAGCGCCUUUCGCAUGUUUGAUCCCAGCGGCAGUGGGGUUGUCAACAAAGAAGAGUUUAAGCAGCUCCUUCUGACCCAGGCAGACAAGUUCUCUCCAGCUGAGGUGGAGCAAAUGUUUUCAUUGACGCCUAUGGACCUGUCUGGAAACAUCGACUACAAGUCUCUGUGCUACAUCAUCACCCAUGGAGAUGAGAAGGAGGAAUGA